UUUUGACCAUGGCAGCACCACCAUCACGCCCCUCUCCUUCUUCCCUUCUUCCUCCCUUCUUUCCUAUCUCAUUUCCUUCCUUUCUCUUUCUCUUUCUCUUCGUGGGGGCUUAAUCAUUUGCCCUUUUUUCUAUUUAUUUCAUUUCUCCUUUUUUUUCCCAUGGAAUUCCAUCUUUGAAGCUCAUUCCUUUGAUAUCCUCUUCUGCUUUCUUCUUUUGCUUGCUAUCAUCAUGGGAGCCUGUCUCUCUACCACCAAAGUCAGUGGCUCAAGCAGCAACGCCGGCGUGAACCACCGCAAAGAACAACAAUCCACCACAACGAUGACAAAUGAGAAAAAAGAGUCUCAAAAGCCUAGCGGUCAACAGGGUCAGCAGCAGCAGCAGGUGAGGAAUUCUCAGCCUUUAAAGGUCAAAGGGAAACCAAGUGCGAGGAGGCAGAGUGGGAUCAUCCCGUGUGGGAAACGUACGGAUUUUGGGUACCAUAAGGAUUUUGAUAAGCGUUACACGAUUGGGAAAUUGUUGGGACAUGGACAAUUUGGUUACACCUAUGUUGCCACGGACAAGGCAAAUGGGGAUCGGGUUGCCGUUAAGAAAAUUGAGAAAAAUAAGAUGGUUCUUCCCAUUGCUGUUGAGGAUGUCAAGCGAGAGGUCAAGAUAUUGGAAGCCCUGAAAGGCCAUGAGAAUGUGGUUCAGUUCUAUAAUGCAUUUGAGGAUGAUUCCUAUGUAUACAUUGUUAUGGAGUUAUGUGAGGGUGGAGAAUUGCUGGACCGGAUAUUAGCCAAAAAGGACAGUCGUUAUAGUGAAAAGGAUGCAGCAGUAGUUGUACGGCAGAUGCUCAAAGUUGCUGCUGAGUGUCAUUUGCGUGGCUUGGUGCACCGUGACAUGAAACCCGAGAAUUUCCUAUUUAAGUCAACCAGAGCGGACUCACCUCUGAAGGCUACAGAUUUUGGUUUGUCAGACUUUAUCAGACCUGGGAAGAGGUUUCAAGAUAUCGUUGGCAGUGCCUACUAUGUUGCUCCUGAAGUAUUAAAACGAAGGUCAGGGCCUGAAUCAGAUGUAUGGAGUAUUGGUGUGAUUACCUAUAUUUUGCUCUGUGGGAAACGGCCCUUUUGGGAUAAGACAGAGGAUGGCAUAUUUAAGGAGGUUUUGAAGAACAAGCCUGAUUUUCGUCGUAAACCAUGGCCAACAAUUAGCAACAGUGCUAAAGACUUUGUGAAGAAGUUAUUGGUGAAGGAUCCUCAGGCUAGACUGACAGCUGCUCAGGCCCUAUCUCACCCAUGGGUUAGAGAAGGAGGAAAUGCAUCUGAGAUUCCUGUUGAUAUAUCUGUUCUGAACAACCUGCGGCAAUUUGUGAAGUACAGUCGAUUGAAGCAGUUUGCUCUGAGGGCGUUGGCUGGCACGCUUAAUGAAGAGGAGAUAGCUGAUCUUCGGGAUCAGUUUGAUGCAAUUGAUGUGGAUAAGAAUGGUUCUAUUAGUCUUGAAGAGAUGAGACAGGCCCUUGCUAAAGAUCUUCCUUGGAAGUUGAAGGAAUCACGUGUUCUUGAGAUCCUUCAAGCGAUUGAUAGCAACACAGAUGGCCUUGUUGAUUUCACUGAGUUUGUUGCGGCUGCUCUACAUGUGAAUCAAAUGGAAGAACAUGAUUCUGAUAAAUGGCAGCAGCGGUCACAGGCUGCUUUUGAGAAAUUUGAUGUAGAUAGAGACGGCUUUAUAACUCCAGAGGAGCUUAGAAUGCACACCGGCUUGAGAGGUUCCAUUGACCCUUUGCUUGAGGAGGCUGACAUUGAUAAAGAUGGAAAAAUAAGCCUUUCAGAAUUUCGCCGACUUCUACGAACUGCAAGCAUGGGUUCAAAGAAUGUACCUAGUCCAUCUGGUCAGCGGAAUACUUGUAAGUUAUAGGUUGGAAUUGAAUUAUUGAGGGUUGAUCGGUGGAGAGACGAAAAGACAGCAGCUUUUGCUGCUUGGUACUUGUAAGACCCCAAGCAGGCUUCCCAUCUACCUGUCUCCAUCAGCAUUCUAGGGACCCUUUUUGACUCGAGUUUUGUGUGAUGGCGUCCCACUUCGGGGAAUCCACUGCUGAGAGGUCUUUGGAUAUAAGAGUUGAUGUUGGCUCUGGUAGUGAGAGAGCUCCAGGUAUAUGGUCCUACUGUGUACAUUCGUUGGUUGGGUAUUUUCCUUCUUGUACCCUCCAUAUUUGUAAUAUGUGACUAUAAAUAAUUUAUCAAUGAAAUUACGGUGCACCCGAAUUUUAUUCCAUGUGUUAA